GGAGGGGGAAGGGUUUUGGAAUUAGGCCGCCGGACGCCGUUGCGUGGGAGAGAGCAAAGUGAACCAGGCCGAAACCGAAGCUACCGCCACGACCACCACCCGCGCCCACUGCAGCAACGCCGGACCCUCGUCUCCCUGUCCCCGACUACCAGGAGGAGAUCCCGGCGGCGAGGAUGAGCGGCGGCGGUGCCGGAGGGAAGGGGGCGGCGGCGCCCGUCCCGGCCGGGUCGAGGAAACUGGUGCAGUGUCUCAAGGAGAUCGUGAACCGACCCGAGGCGGAGAUCUACUCCGCACUGCGCGAGUGCGGCAUGGACCCCGACGAGGCGGUCAGCCGCCUCCUCUCCCAAGUUUCUUCAGAUUGACCCUCUGUCAUCUGAGUUCAAGCCAUCAUAUGUGAAUCAGUGAAUAACAGAUUAACAGAGGAGAGAAGCAGGGGAGGAGGAACAUACAGACCUUCUCUGCCGGGGAAGAACCAGGGGAGUUCUCUGUCUCUGUCGGCGAAGAACAGGGGAGAAGAGAAGCAAGCAGCAGGGCAGAGGAUGUGCAGCAGGGCAGUGUCGGCGAAGAACAGGAGAGAAGAAGCAAGCAAGCAGGAGCAAGCAGGCAGGGGAGUUCUCUGGCGGCGGGGGCUUCUCUGGCGGCGGCGGCUUCUCUGGCGCCCGGCGGAGAAGGAAGCAGGGAGGGGGUCUCCGGCGACCGCGCAAUCAGGCUAUUUCCCUCCCGCGCAAUCUGCCUUUCCCUACCGCGCGCACUCUAUUUCCCUCCCGCGCGCGCUCUAUUUCCCUCCCGCGCGCUUUCCCGCUCGCGCGCUAUUUCUCUCUCGCAGUCCCGCGCGUUCCAGCUCGCGCGCGCGCCUAGCCUCGCCUCCGCGACGACUUGGCACCUGGGCGACGCGGAAUCGCCGCGGAAUCCACGUUAGGCGCCGCCUAGGCGCUCCGAUCGACUAGGAGGUCGCCUACCCCCCUAGUCCAGGCGGAAGCCCAUUUUUUCUCGAAAGCGCAGGGGAACUGCGCCUUUAAUUAUAUUAAGAAGAGGAGAAAUAGUACAUAGUACAUAAUACAAUAGCUCUCCUUACGGAAGCCCAUGGCCUAGCGCCUAGGCGCGCCUAGGCGCGACGUAAUCGAUGAUUUUCAAAACUUUGUAUGUGCUGUCUUGUAUGGUGUAGAAUGUUGACUUACAAAAAGACGAACACUCAUCAGAUAGGUUUUGUGGAAAUGUGUAUGCUACGUUGGAUUCGUGGCCAUACAAGAAGUGCUGAGUCUAGAAUGAUGAUAUACAUGAUAGGCUAGGGGUAUCACCAAUUGAAGAAAAGCCUGUCUAACGCUGGUUGAGAUGGUUUGGACAUGUCCAACGCAGAUCUCCAGAGGCACCAAUGCACAGUGGGAUUGUAAGGCGCUACAAGAAUGGGAAGGGAGGAAGAGAAAGACCAAAGUUGACAUGGAAAGAGAUACUUUCCAAGAGGUAAAGAGCAAGCGCGACAAGAAGAAAGAGAUUAAAGAGGUUCCUGAGACAAGAUAUCGAUCGGCAAAUAGUUCUACUAAUCGAAGCCUUAGAAGUGGUGCAGAUCGUGGUGGACGUAGCAAUUCUGUGCACUCCAGCUCUACUGAUAACAUGACCUCAAGGCCACCAGUCUCAGGGUCUUGUACGGCAUCAGUUAAUUCCAAUCAAAUGCAGACAAUUGCAAGUUCCUCUGCAAACAAACAUAUGGUUACUGAUGGACUAGCUGUAUCAUUGCAAUCAUCGUGUGGGUUUCAGCAUGGUGGUUGGUCUGGGACACCUGGUCAGUUGUCGAUGGUUGACAUUGUGAAAAUGGGCCGCCCUCAGGGAAAGGCUUCUAGCAAACCUGUGGUCACAGCUGACAGAGGUUAUGCUGGACAGUACCCAUCUUUGCCAAGCACAAACCAGAACCUCAAACAAUCUGGAAGCAUGGUUUCCCCAGCAGAGCUUGACAAGGGGUUACAACCUGCCCACAAUUUGGUUCAGGUUAAGAAUCAUGGUCAUUUUACUGCUGAUAGCAAGCUCCCAUAUGGUACUGAUUGGUCUCCACAAGACGACCCAACAUCUGAGAACCAAUCUUCCCAGCCUGAGACGUCUGGUGAUCCAUCUUUGUAUGAAUCAUCAUUUCAGUCAUCUACAUUGGUUACUGAUGUAGUUAAUUCACAUGAAAAUUCACACUUGGAGUUGGAUGAAAACAGCACCUUUGCAAUGAGAUCAACACCUGCCUCUGAGAGACACUUGGAACCUAGUGACAGUAUUCCUGAAUACAAUGAUGGAAUAUUAAACAACUCAAGUUCAUAUCAGCCUCAUAAUUACUCUUACACAGAACAAGAUGUUGAGGAUUCCAGUGCUGAUGUAUCAGCAGCAGCAGAAAAUUUCCAGAGUUUAAGCCUACAUAAUGAUGAGUUAGCUGCAAAAAAGACUGCUGAAGAUAACCCUGCAGUGAUAAUUCCUGAUCAUUUGCAAGUUACCAAUACAGAAUGUGUUAGUUUGAGCUUUGGCAGUUUUGGAUCUGGUGCAUUUUCUGGGCUACUCCCACAAAAGACCACUGAUAGCAAUGUGGAAUUCCUUGUUCAAGAGGAUUCUGCAACAGUAGAUCCAAUAGAUGCCAGGAAUCAAGAUUACUAUGAAAGUGGUGCAGUAACUUCACCAGCAGAAGAAAAUCUUGAGGCCAUGCUAGGAACUAACAUGGAGAAUGUCGAUGCACCUUCUGUUUCACAGGCUAAUGAGCUCAGUCAGGACGUACUUGAUCCUUCUGUACUUAAAUAUGACGUGUCAUCAGUUUCAAGUCAUGCUUAUUCGAACAUGAACACUCCACAACCUAGCACAAUAGAGGACCCACAAGGAAACAACCAAGCACAUACGCUUUCCCAUUUGUCAAACAUGAUGCAAGCAAAUCCUUUGAGCACUAGCAGCCUAUUGGCGUCAAAUCAAAAUCAUCCAUCUCUUCAUGGCUUAGAGUUUGAUUUGCCUUAUCUUGAAGCAAAAUAUAACGCAGGCACGACUACAAAUCCUAGACCAGCCAUAUCCAUGCAGGAGGCCCUGAAAGCAGGGGUUUUCUCCAACGCUCGGUCUACGCAGUCUCUUCCAAGUACUAGCAUUCCGACGGGGCAUCCUCUCCCUCAGCAAUUAGCACAUCACCCUUACUCUCAGCCGACUUUAGCACCCAUCACACAUUUCCCAAAUAUCGUUGGCUAUCCGCCGUAUUUGCCACAAAACUAUGCUGCUUACCUAUCUUCGGGCACCUUCCAGCAAGCAUACCCGAGCAAUGGAGCAUUCCAUCAGUCUGCUGCCGCUUUGCUCGGAUCUGGUAUGAAGUACUCGGCCCCCGAGUAUAAGAACAACCUGUCUGCCACAGGCUUACAACAGCAACAUCAGCCACAACCGCAACCACCUUCAUCAGUCAUCUCUGGUUAUGGAGGCCUUGGAAGCUCAAGCAAUAUACAAGGAAAUUUUACCCUUAAUCAGAGUACUGGCACUGGAUCAACUCUUGUGUUUGAUGAUGCAUUGGGCAGACAGUACAAAGACACCAGUCAACACAUAGCUCUCCAGCAGCCCGACAACUCUGGAAUGUGGCUUCAUGGCUCUGGUUCAAGAGCGGCGGCGCUUCCGCCUAACCACUUUUAUGGUUACCAGGGACAGAGUCAGCUGGGUGGCUUUGGUCAGGCGCAGCAGCAACAGCCUUCCCAAUUCGGAGGCCACGGGUACCCGACUUUCUACCAGUCUCAGGGUGGGCUGACACAGGAGCACCACCCCCAGAACCUUGCUGAGGGCAGCCUGAAUGGCUUCCAGGUCGCACCGUCUCAGCCGUCUCAUCCGAGCUGGCAGCAUCAGCACACCUACUGAGCAUUGUUCUCCCUUGUUAUGGUCUGUCUCUUUCGCCGUCACAAGCCAAGUUUCGCGUGCUUGUGCCCUUACUCGAUGCAGAGUAAGCUGCUCGGAUUUUAGCUGAGCUUGUACCUUCAGCGCUGAGAAGGGUCCCAGGACCCAGGCAUACAACAGUUAGAGCGUUUUAACAUGCUGCGUGCGUGCGUGUGUGUGUGUUGCCAGACCGAUGCCUUGUGGUUUUUCGAUAGCGAGUUAUAUGUGCGGAGGCGCAGUCAUGUAUAACUGAGACAUGAUAACAUAACAACCAAUCGUUUCGCUUGCAUUUUUUUGGUCAUGCACACAUGCGGUUAUCGCUUCAGGAAGAAAAAAAGGAGCACCUCUGACUCAGCUUAUGGAUUAUAAAUA